CGGUGUGUCGACAAUCGCAGUCGUAUUGCCGGCUGUACAUCCAUUGCAGCAUUCGACGCAACCGCACCGCAGUUACCGUAUUUUAGCGAGUUAAUUCAAUUUUAUAUUUUGUAAAACCGUUUUUGUUUAAACGAUGUCCGCCGCCUGCGUUCCCGACAGCAUCAAGUGCCUGGACGGAGUCGACUACGAAGUCGUAAAACACAACCCUCAUUUCGAAUGGGUGACCGAAUACGAGAAUACUAUUAAACAAUUGGCCUCGGAAGUGUUUGACACUUUAGGAGUGGUCGACGGAAACAAGCUGGACAUCGUCGUUAAGGGUCUCGACAGGUUCCAAGCAAACCUGAAAACGUUAAUGGACGUACUGGUGAAACAGGUUACCGAGAAAUCUGGUGUAAACGAGCAGGCUAAAUCGUUCGCCGGUGAAUGGGCUGAAGCCGCCAAGUACCACGCCGAUCUCAAGUACCAUCACAUGGGUGGCGGUCCAACUGCAAAGAGUGUGCGCUGGGGCUUCGAAGGCACCAUCAAGUACAUAAUAGUGUGUUCCACGACUUUGGCGGACAAGGAUAACGAUACCGACUUCAAAAAGGAAAUUUCUGGAUACGUGAAAGACUCAAUCAUUCAAAGUCUAAUCGAUCAACUAAACGGUGUCAAGAGUGAACUGGAAGCACUCCAAAAAGCGUAGCGUGUAGACGCAACUACGGAGUUAUGUACUGUGACGAAAAUUUCAAUACAUACCUACCUAUUCAAUAUUAUAUAAAACAAACAUCAACAUUUAUCAAUAUGCAUGGUUAUUAUUAUAUAUUUUAUAGCACCAACUAGCAACUAUACAAUCUUGAUAAGUUUUUUUAUUUUUUAUUUUUUAAUUUGUCGUCAAUAUUAUAUGAAUUUAUAAAACUUUUUCUAUUAUUUAUAAAUUAUAAAAUAAAUAUACAAAUAUCUGAAA